CCAAAAGCACCGGUAGUUCACACGGUCCAUGCAGGCAGCAAGCCUACACUUGUAGCGCUGCCGAUCUGCAGCUGUCAUCAAUCUCCUUGGUUUGUUUCGUUCAUCCGCUUCAGUGCAGCAUUUCCUCCACUUCCCAAUAUAACACUAGUCUCUUCAGUGCUCCACCCAAAGCCUCAGCUACCAGCCAGCCGAGCCAGUGCACCAUCAUCCUCCCAGGCCAGCCUCCCCCGAGUCCCGACUCCCGCCCGGGUCAAGGCGAUCGCCACCUCAACAAACGGCUGCGCUGCGCUGCCGUCCACAGGGAGCGCAGCCGCGCACGCACACCAACUCCCCUGUCUCGGCGCGGCGGCAGCCUGCCCGCGCCAGACUCCGGUCUCUGUCCCUGUCCCCCUGCUCAGCUCCCGCCAGUGCACACCAUGCCGGCGCCCAAAUGGUUCCAGAAGCUCAGGAGGAAGAAGGGCAAGCAGCAAGCCGCAGCAUGCGGAAGCGAAGCCGCCGACGCGGCGGCGGCGCGCGCGGACAAUCGUCCGACCGGCCAGCGCCCGGCGCCGCCGGCGGCGGCGUGCGCCGUGUCGCCGAACAGGGCGUCCUACUACUUCGCCAGCGCGGACCGCGCGCGCCAGGACAAGGAGCUGCCCUGCGCCGCCGACAUGGCGCUGGACGUCCGCGUCGACGUGGUGCACCGCCGCGCGGGGGACCGGCGGCUCGGCGGGCUCGACGCGCCGCCGGGGACGCCCGAGCUCAAGCUGCGGCGCAUUGUCACGAGGCCGGCCGUCGCCGACGCGUGGGAGAGCGGCGGCGGCUUCAGCAGCGCCAGCGCGACGACGUCGGCCGCCACGACGCCGUCGACCAGGGCGCGCGGGUUCCACGUGAAGCCGGCCGGCGGCAGGAGGCGGCAUCAUCAUCGGCGGCGGCGCGACCACGACGGAGGCGCGAGCAAGAAGGGGAAGGCGACAGUGGCUGCGGAGCAGGAGGCGGAGGAGCCGGCGUCGCCGUUGCGGCGGCACGGGCCCGCGAGGCGGCGGCGGUGGCUGUACGAGAGCCUGGUGGUGGUGAAGGCGUCGUCGGACCCGGAGCGGGAGAUGGCGGAGAGCAUGGUGGAGAUGGUGGUGGCCAACGGCAUCCGGUCGCCGGAGGACCUGGAGGAGCUCCUGGCGUGCUACCUCGCGCUCAACGCCGCCGAGCACCACCGCGCCGUCGUCGCCGCGUUCCGCCACGUGUGGUCCCUCCUCGCCAGGCACAGGCUGCUCGUCUAGCACCAGAACAAACCGUAUUGCCCCGUGUGAGCUGUGACGAUCGAGCGCGCAUGACAUGACUGCGUCAGCGUGCCCGGAUCUCGCCGUGUUCAUACUCCAUGCCGACCGUACAGGCCGCCCAUCGACCGACUAGCGACUACCCGUCCUGAGGACAAGCAAAUUCCAUUGCUCUCCAGUCUUCACUAACUGUUCUUGCACAUUCUUGCUGAAAA